UGUCGUUUUUAGUGUCAUUAGGCAAUUAAACUUUCUGAAUUUAUUUCUUACAGAAUAAAAACAGGCAAGUGAGCCCUCUGAUACCCAGCGGUUUGUUUCCAAGAUGGCGGACGAGGAGAAAAAGUACAGCUGGAAUGCUCUCAAGUUUAUUCAGCGGACGCCAUGCGCCAGGGAAAGCUUCAUGUAUGGCAUUGUAGGCGGUCUUACCGCUGGUUCCUUGUACUUUCUGAAAUCACGACACAUUAGAAGGUCAUGUGACUUAGCUGUUGGAUCUUUUGCACUGGUAGCAGUUGCAGGCUGGGAAGCAUGUCGAUAUGUGAAACAGAAAGAGAAAGAAGAGCUAAAGAAAACUGUUGAAUUGCUCAACCAGUACUCCCAUGAAAAAUCCAAAGAUGAACCAACUAGAGCAUAACCCUGAAAUAUGAGGACAAAACUGAUGAAGAUGGCUAGUGGUAGCUUAACGGUGGGACAAACUGAACCUUCGACAGUCCCAAAGUAAAAUGACAGUCCCAAAGUAAAAUGACUAGCAUGCAAUUGAUGCCAUGGCACUUUGGUUCUUGUGUGUAUAAAUACACCAGAAAGUUGUAACGCUAUGUGGAUACAAAUAAUUUAAAUAUUAAAAGUGUUAAUUCUAAUUUA